UUCAAGCAUUAAAAUCUUAAGUUUCUCUACCAACAUGGACAACAAGAGGUCUAAACUGCUGCCAGUCAUGGCAGUUACAUUUCUUGUUUGUCUCAGUUCCUUCCUGGGUGAAGGAGCAGAAAGCACGAAAGUUACUGGUGCAAGCAGCAAUUUAGAAACUUACAUUGUCUUUGUUACAAAGCCACCGGUUGGUGCUUCAAAAAAAUCUCAAGUAAUAGAAACCUGGUACCAGUCAUUUUUGCCAGCUAGAAAGUCAAACUCAAACCAGCAACAACGCAUAUUAUACUCCUAUAGAAACGUGGUCAGUGGUUUCGCCGCUAAGCUGACAGCAGAGGAAGCAAAAUUCAUGGAAGAGAAGGAUGGGUUUGUGUCAGCCCGACCUCAAAAAAUAUUUCCCCUGCAUACAACUCAUAGUCCCAACUUUUUGGGGCUGCACCAAAAUUUAGGACUCUGGGGGAAUUCAAAUUAUGGUAAGGGAGUGAUAAUUGGAGUUUUAGAUACUGGAAUAACACCAGAUCAUCCUUCAUUCAGUGAUGAAGGAAUGCCCUCUCCUCCAGCCAAAUGGAAAGGGAAAUGUGAAUUCAACGGAACUGCUUGCAACAACAAACUCAUUGGUGCAAGAACUUUCCAAUCUGAUGAGCAUCCCUCAGGAGACAUGGAACCAUUUGAUGAUGUAGGGCAUGGCACCCACACAGCUAGCACGGCAGCAGGUAACUUCGUAGAUGGCGCCAGCGUUUUUGGUAAUGCUAAUGGCACUGCAGUAGGAAUGGCUCCUUUGGCUCACUUGGCCAUGUACAAAGUUUGUUCCGACUUUGGUUGCUCCGAAAGUGACAUAUUGGCUGCAAUGGAUACUGCUGUUGAGGAGGGCGUGGACAUUCUUUCUCUCUCUCUUGGUGGUGGUUCAGCUCCUUUUUCUGCAGAUGGCAUUGCAGUGGGUGCAUUUGGAGCUAUUCAGAAUGGAAUUUUCGUGAGUUGUUCCGCCGGGAAUUCUGGUCCAGAUAAUUACACUUUAUCAAAUGAGGCCCCAUGGAUUCUCACGGUUGGAGCUAGCACCAUUGACAGAAGCAUAAGAGCAACAGUAAAGCUUGGAAAUAAUGAAGAAUUUUUUGGGGAAUCACUCUUCCAGCCACAGCUCUCCACCCAAAACUUUUGGCCUCUUAUUUAUCCGGGCAAGAAUGGUAAUCAGUCAGCAGCUGUAUGUGCAGAGGAUUCACUGGAAAGUUCUGAAGUUGAAGGCAAGAUAGUUUUGUGCGAUAGAGGUGGGUUGGUAGGAAGAGUUGAGAAAGGACAAGUGGUGAAGGAUGCUGGUGGUAUUGGCAUGAUUCUAGUGAAUGAGGAGUCUGAUGGUUAUAGCACCUUAGCUGAUGCUCAUGUCCUUCCUGCAUCACAUGUGAGUUACUCUGACGGGAUGAGGAUAAAGAACUAUAUAAACUCAACAUCAUCACCAACAGCAAUGUUUGUGUUCGAAGGCACUGUAAUUGGUUUAAAAACUGCUCCAAUGGUUUCUUCCUUCUCCUCCAGAGGCCCAAGCUUUGCAAGCCCUGGAAUCUUAAAACCAGACAUCAUAGGCCCUGGCGUAAGCAUUCUAGCGGCAUGGCCAAUUUCUGUGGAGAAUAAAACAAAUACAAAAGCAACAUUUAACAUGAUUUCAGGAACCUCAAUGUCUUGCCCUCAUCUUAGUGGCAUUGCUGCUUUGCUGAAAAGUGCCCAUCCUGACUGGUCUCCUGCUGCAAUCAAAUCUGCUAUUAUGACUACUGCAGACACAGUAAACCUAGGUGGCCAGCCAAUUGUUGAUGAAAGGCUUCUUUCUGCUGAUGUCUUGGCCACUGGAGCAGGCCAUGUUAACCCAUCCAAAGCCAGUGAUCCAGGGCUCGUCUAUGAUAUCCAACCUGAUGAUUACAUUCCUUAUUUGUGUGGUUUGGGAUACACAGACAGAGACAUUACAUACAUUGUGCAGUAUAAAGUCAAGUGUUCAGAAGUUGGAAGCAUUCCUGAAGCACAAUUGAAUUACCCUUCAUUCUCAAUUGUGUUUGGUGCCAAAACUCAGAUAUACACCAGAACAGUAACCAAUGUUGGCCCAGCUACCUCGUCUUACACUGUUUCAGUUGCUCCACCACCGGGAGUGGAUGUUACAGUUACACCUUCUAAGAUUGCUUUCACUCAAGUGAAACAGACAGCUACAUACUCGGUGACAUUCACCAACACGGGCAAAGGAUACAGUGACCCAUCCGUUCAAGGGUAUCUGAAAUGGGAUUCUGAUCAGCAUUCAGUUAGAAGCCCAAUAUCAGUUGUAUUUUCAAAUACAGACUAGAUGCCAGAGGUAACAGCAACCAUGAAAGAUGUCAAUAAUCUACUUAAAGACAUCUUGAAAAGGAUACGCUUUUCUCUGUAGGCACCAUGAAAUAAACAAGAGCAGCACAAAUCUUCUCAAGCAAGGUUAUGUAAUCCACCUAUAAAUUCUACUUACUGCCACCAGAAUGAGUUUUCCUCUCAUGUAUUCCUUACCUAGUAGCAUAAUCUUAAUAACCGGCAUACAAUCUGCAUUCUCUA